UCACGUAGAGUGUGGCCGCCGUUUUGUUUUUACCGUUCGUUUUUAGUGAUUUCGAAAUUUUCCACAGCAUUUUAUGAAUGAGAUUUCCCAGUGAAGUGGAAUAGACAAAUCAAAGGAUACCACAACAACAGUCAUCAGCCAUCAAACGCACAUUACAACUCAGUCCGUCCGUAACCAUCAACAACCAGCCGUCGUUGCAACAGACAAAUAAAGGACGUUUGAUCAAUAGUUUUUAGACACGCAAAGUAGAAGAUUUAUUUAUUACAAAAAAAAAAAAAAAAGAAACAGAGUAACAAGUGCCACAAUUGGAAAAUUUAAAAUAAAAUAUUCAACUGUCACAACAAAUAAGUUUUGGAAAUUUUGAAUUGAAAACCCGAAAAAACCUUGAAAUUCAAAAAUGUCCUCGAUCGAAUCGAAACGUGUUCAAUAUCGCAAAUAUUUGGAACGAGCUGGUGUUAUUGAUGCUUUGAGUAAGGCUCUGAUAAAGUUGUAUGAGGAACAAAAUAAGCCCGAAGAUGCCAUACGUUUUGUUAGGAAAUUUAUGUGUGAAUCUUGUCCCGACGACACACAAUUCGAUGCCAUGAAAGCAGAUUUGGAAGAGGCCCAUAAGACAAUAGCGAAAUUGGAACAGGAUUUGGAGAGGUUACGAUCGCAAAUCAAAAAAUCCCCCGAAGAGGUUGCUGAACUUCUCGAGGAAGGUUUCAAGCAACUCAUUGAAGAUGAAGAACACGCUGCAUCGCUUUUAAGGAAAUAUCUAACCAAAGAAAUACUCGAUGAAUAUAAAUCCAUAUUCACCUCCCCGCCAGUGGAGUCAUCUCUCUUGGAUUGUGUACAAUCUGGUUACAAUCAUCAUGAUUCUGCUUGUGGUCUAUAUGCUGCCGACCCAGAAUGUUAUGAUGCCUAUACGAAACUAUUUGAUCCCCUGAUACGUGAUUACCAUGGCCAGUUGGAUAAUGAUAAGGAACAAAUACAUCCCGAUGCUGAUUUUGGUAAUGCCGAUGAAAUCGAAAAUUUAGAUCCUGAAAGGAGAUAUAUCAAAUCGACAAGGAUACGGAUUGCACGUAACAUUGAAGGUUAUCCAUAUUUUGCCAAGUUGAGUGAAAAGCAAUUCAAUGAAAUUGAGGCGAAAGUAAAGGCAGCCACAGAAUCGUUUGAUGGUGAACUGACCGGGGCCUAUUUCAGUAUGGAGGAUAUAAAUCCAGAGGUACAGGCGGAAAUGGUGGCAAGGCAUAUUUUGUUCAAGAGAGGUGAUGCAUUUUUGCAAACGGCCGGGUGCUAUCGUUUUUGGCCAAUUGGCAGGGGUAUUUAUCAUAAUCCGUCGGAGACGUUUUUGAUUUGGGUCAAUGAGGAGGAUCAUUUGCGUAUUAUUUCGAUGUCAAAGUGUGGGGAUUUGGGUGACGUUUACAACCGUUUGAUUAAGGGCCUCCAGGAGUUGGAAAAAACCUUGACAUUUGGUCGCCAUGCACGCUAUGGAGCCUUGACGGCAUGCCCCACUAAUUUGGGCACCACUCUCCGAGCUUCGGUCCAUAUACGCCUGCCAUUGUUGUCGAAAGAUGAGGAACGUCUCAAAACCUUGGCCAAUGAUUUGAAUCUUCAAAUUCGUGGUACCGGAGGUGAACACACAGCAAUUGUGGAUGGCGUAAUGGAUAUUUCGAAUCGUCGCCGCUUAGGUUUUACUGAAUUCGAAUUGGUAAAAUCCCUGCAAGAGGGCAUCAUAACCCUGAUCAAGGCCGAACAAGAACUGGAGGCCAAGGAAUAAGGGGUUUUCGCUCAACACAAUGUGGAGGAUUUUGCUCAUUUGUUAUACUCUUAGAUAAAUAUUUUUAAAUAGAUUUUUUUUGUUAAAUAAAAAAGGACCUAUGGAGAAGAA